AUGGCUGGCCACAAGAGAAAGCUGCUACAAGGUGUCGAUGACCGGAGAAUCAGGGCUGCGACAAUCAGCAAAUCGGAGCUAUGGUACGGCCAAUACAUCGAGAGAGAGAGAUAUAUGAUAAAGAAAGGCCGAGUUCUGGUGGAGCCGGCGGCGGCAGUAGCGGAGACGCGGUUCCGCGGCGUGCUGAAGCAGCCGUGGGGGCGGUUCACGGCCGAGAUCAGGGACCCCUGGAAGAAGGUCAGGGUGUGGCUCGGAACCUUCGACUCGGCCGAGGCUGCCGCUCUGGCCUACGACUCCGCCGCUCACGCGUUCCGUGGUUCCAAGGCCAAGACCAACUUUCCCCUAGCCGCCGCCGCUGCUGCGUCUCCCACCCCUACUCCUGCAUUCCGCUGCCCUCCCUCCGCUGACCCAACCCUAGGGUUUUGA